UGUUGUCUGAAUAUGUCACUCUUUCAGGAUUACACAGCGGUGUUAAUCUGUGUUUUAAUUCUGCUUUUGGUUCUUUAUCAUCUCUUCUCUGGGUCUAACUCGAGAAAUGAACCUCCUGGGCCAAAACCAUUGCCACUACUAGGAAAUCUGCUAAUGUUGGAUGUCAACAGACCAUAUUUGAGUCUCUGUGAGAUGGCAAAGCAGUAUGGCCCGGUGUUCACCGUGUACUUUGGUCCAAAGAAAGUGGUUGUGUUGGCCGGCUACAAAACAGUGAAACGGGCGCUUGUUCAUUACGCAGAUGAAUUUGGAGACAGAGAAAUUAUGCCAUUGUUUCGUGAUUUUACUAAAGGACAUGGAAUUAUAGCUGCUAAUGGAGAGAGCUGGAAAGAGAUGAGACGUUUCGCUCUUACCAACCUGCGAGACUUUGGGAUGGGCAAGAAGAAGAUUGAGGAGAAGAUCAUAGAGGAAACAUGCCACUUAAAAGAAGAAUUCGAGAAGUUUGAAGGAAAUCCAUUUGAAACCAACCAGCUGAUGAACUACGCAGCCUCAAGUGUCAUCGCUGCUAUCAUUUAUGGGCACAGAUUUGAUUAUACAGACCCUCAGUUGAGGUGUAUGGUGGAUCGAGCCAAUGAGAGCGUUAGAUUGACUGGGACAGCAUCUGUACAGCUCUGUAACAUGCUGCCAUGGCUUGGUCCUUGGAUAAAGAACUGGAGAACGCUGAUGAAAAACCUUGAGCUUGAUAUCAAAGAAAUAUCAGACCUGGUGGAGAGUUCACGUCAAACAUUAAACCCUCAAAACCUCAGAGGAUUUGUGGAUUCAUUCCUGCUCCACCAGCAGACUCUAGAGGGAUCUGAAGAGAAGUCAUCAUUUUUCCAUGAGCAGAACCUCAUUUUUACAGUUGAUAAUCUGUUUAUUGCUGGUACUGACACCACCAGUACAACACUGUGCUGGGCUUUACUGCUGAUGGCCAAAUAUCCUCAUAUACAGGAUCAGGUUCAGGAGGAGAUUGAUAAAGUGAUUGGUGAACGUCAGCCGGUUACAGAAGACAGGAAAAACUUACCUUAUACAGACGCUGUGAUCCAUGAAACCCAGAGACUUGCAAACAUAGUACCCAUGAGUCUGCCUCAUAUGACCAGCUGUGAUGUCAACUUCAAUGGAUAUUUUAUCAAGAAGGGUACGUGUGUAUUUCCUCUUCUGACGUCUGUAUUGUGGGAUGAGGAGGAAUGGGAAACCCCUCACAUCUUUAACCCUGAACACUUUCUGGAUGAGCACCGCAGGUUCAGGAAGAGAGAAGCUUUUCUGCCAUUCUCUGCAGGUCGCAGGGCUUGUUUAGGAGAGAGUUUGGCGAGGAUGGAGCUCUUUCUCUUCUUCACUUCUCUCCUUCAGUAUUUUCGCUUCACUCCUCCACCUGGAGUCUCUGAAGAUGAACUGAAUCUCACUCCAGCUGUGGGCUUCAUACUGAAUCCAUCACCACACAAACUGUGCGCACACAAACGGUUUUGAU